GGUCCAUGGAGGCGGAGGGAGAAGCAGCAGGGAGGGUGUUUGACUGCUACAUUACAGAAUCUCUCAAAGAUCCUCUUUUUGUCUUAUCUGCCUCCUCUCUUCCCUGCCUCCGUUGAGUCUCUCUCUGUUCAGGUUUCUCCAUGUGGGAUUUGUUUCAGAUACAGUCUUACAGAGGAUACUGCAGCUACCUUUUUGAAAUGGAGAUGAAAAUUAUGUAGAGAUGUGUGAGGAGGAGAAGAAACAAAAGAACUUCACUUCCGAGAAGAAUGAAAUACCAUUGAAAGGCAUCUACACGUUUUGGUAAGAAACACAAGUUUAAGAUGAAGGAGAAGAAAAAAGAUGUAAUCAGAUUGGAGAGAGAAGCUGUGAUCCCAAUUCUAAAACACAAGCUCACAACUGCCUUGUCCCUUCACUUUGCUGAGAACGGUGAGAGAGAUGAGUUCCUGAGAUUCUGCCAAAGAGUGGAAUGCACCAUUAGAGCUUGGUACCACCUUCACUUUGAGGAUCUUAUGCAACUGUAUUCACUCUUUGAGCCCGUCCGUGGCGCCCACAGGCUUCAACAACAGAAUCUAUCACCUCAUGAGAUUGAUGCUCUUGAACACCAAUUUCUUCAACACUUGUUUGAGGUCAUGGAGAAGAGCAACUUCAAAGUGAUAACCAAUGAAGAGAUAGAAGUAGCUCUCUCUGCUCAGUAUCGUCUCAAUCUUCCUAUUGUAGUUAAUGAAGCUAAGCUUGAUACAGGUUUGUUGACAAGAUUCUUCUCCAAGUUUCCCCGCCAAGAUCUUCCUCAUUUCGCUGAUAAGUAUAUAAUAUUUAGACGUGGGUUUGGGAUAGAUCAUAUGAAAGCUUACUUCUUCCUAGCCAAAGUGGAUACCAUCCUUGUCCGUAUUUGGAUCUUUCUACUCACCAUCACAUGUUUAAAAAGACUAGUAUAUGGAAAGAAGGAAACAGAUUUGUCAGAACAUAUUGAUAUUAGCAUUGAAGCAGAGAAGGAUAGUUUAUACAUUGAAAGAAUCCGCAUAGAGAAGCUGCAGCUCAGUCUCUCAAACUUGAUGAAAAAGAUAACCAUCCAAGAGCCUACCUUUGAGAGAAUCAUUGUAGUAUACAGGAGAGUUUCAGGGAAGAGAGAAUCAGAAAGGAACAUAUAUGUGAAACACUUCAAAAGCAUUCCAAUGGCUGACAUGGAAAUAGUACUUCCAGAGAAGAAAAAUCCAGGUCUUACACCUUUGGACUGGGUCAAGUUUCUUGUCUCUGCUGCCAUUGGACUAGUUACUGUGGUAAGUUCUGUGAGCCUGAAGAAAACUGACAUCAGAGUCAUUGCAGCCAUACUUAGCACGGUGGUAGCAUACUGCGUUAAAACAUAUUUCACGUUUCAGAGAAACUUGGUAGAUUAUCAAAGCCUUAUCACAAAAUCUGUAUAUGAUAAGCAGCUAGACAGUGGAAGAGGCACUCUGCUUCACUUGUGUGAUGAAGUCAUCCAACAAGAGGUUAAAGAGGUCAUCAUUUCAUUCUUUAUGCUGAUAAAGCAAGACCGUCCCACGAGCAAGGAGGAACUUGACAUGCAAUGUGAAGCAUUCAUCAAAGAAGAGUUCAACGAAAGUUGCAACUUUGAUGUGGAUGAUGCUGUAAAGAAGCUUGAGAAGCUUGGACUUGUCUCUCGUGAUUCAGAAGACAAGUAUAGAUGCGUGAGUGUGAAGGAAGCAAAUGAUAUAAUGGGAACAACAACGGAAGAGAUGGUACUCAAGGCAAGAAGUGGUGGUGACUAUGAAGAUGAAGAGGUAGUAGAUAAUGAGCCUCAGAUGAAUCCUGAAGAUGAACUCAACGCAAGGGAACAACGUUUUCAAUCUAAAUAUAACGAGUUUGAGACCUUGUGGAUGUAAAAACAAGAUUAGAUAUCAAACAAGACCUAUAAAUUUAAGAGAUGUUGUACUAAAAGACAGAAAGACCGACAAUUAAAAAAGCAAGUCCACAUGUUUCACAUUAAAUGAAUGCUUCCUUAAUUAUUGCAUUACAAAUAAUAUCUUAAAUUGAUAGGAAAAAAAAACACAAA